AUGGCUCAACCCCUCGACUCACCUGGGGUAGGGUUGGACGAGAAGCACGAUGUAGACAUGGUCGAGAAGGUGGAUCCGGAUGCGCUGCCUCAGGAUACUAUCAUGAUGUCUCCGUUUGAAGACAUGGGGAUCCGCAAGACCUGGUCGGUGUUUCGGAAAUGCGCCGCGGUCUGCCUCUUUGCCACCGUCUCUGCGGCUGCCGACGGCUACCAGAUCGCACUCACUGGCUCAAUCAUCGCAUUCCGUGGAUUCGUUCUACAAUACGGUGAAGGUGUGAACGCGGCGGGGGAUGUCAUCCUCAGGGCCGACCACAUCGCUGCGUGGGGUGGUAUACAGUCCGCUGGACAGGGCUUUGCCAUGUUGUCUCAGCACUUCAUCGCCGACCGCUAUGGUCGCAAGGCCAGCUUCUACCUCUUAUGGUGCACUCUCCUCAUCGCUGUAUGCUUGCAGUCGUUCGGUACCAAUUGGAAAACAUGGCUGGUGGCUAAGCUGUUCAGCGGCUAUGGUGUCGGCAGUGUGCAAUUCUUGACUGGAAUGUACAUCGCUGAGCUAUGCCCUGCUCGAAUCCGAGGUUUCCUCCUCAUUGGCUACUCCUUCUUCUACGGUCUGGGCCAGCUCUGCGCCUCGAUCGCGCUCAAAGUCGCCUCCGAUCGAGAUCCUCUCAACUUCAAGGUGCCCAUCUACACCGAAUUUGCCAUGAUCGGUAUCAUGGCCAUCGUCUACGCCAUCAUCCCAGAAUCCCCAUACUGGUGUGCUGCACGAGGCAAGCACGAGGAGGGCGUCAAAGUGAUCCGCUUCCUCAACGGCGGGAUCGAGGGAUACGACGUCGAGUAUCACUACGACAUCAUCAAGCGGUCGGUCGAAAAGGAGACGGCGUACCAGAAGCAAAUGUUCGGGGAGGGCAAGGGGUUCUUGCAGGAGCUGGCGAACGUCAAGGAGGUCUUGACUGGUGUCAACGGAUUCCGUACUCUUAUUGCGUUUUGGCCGGCAUUUUUGCAGCAGUUGGCCGGUCUUGCUGUGCUCUCCAGCUACUCCUCUUACUUCGCUCAAAUAGCAUCCUUCGCAGAUCCAUUUCUGUUCUCCCUCCUUCUUGCCCUGGUAGCGCUCGCCUGUACGGUGAUCGAAGCGUCCCUUAUCGACAUUAUCGGGCGUCGCAACCUCUUCUUGGGCGGUGCCAUCGGCUGCUGGACCAUGUGCUUCGUCGUCGGUUGCAUGUCCCUGCCGGUCAACCGAUCCAGCGCUAUCAAUUCCCUUACCCUCUUCUUCUCACUCAUGUGGCGUAUCGGUUCCACUCUGCUCGGUAACCUCGGUUGGUCGUAUGUCGCCGAGACGGGAUCGAGUAGGCUUCGAGCAAAGACGGGAGGUAUUGCUGCGGCUGGCGGGGUGUGCAUGGGCUUGAUCUUCAACACAACGGUGCCUUAUAUGCUAAACCCCAUCGGAGCUAACUGGGGUCUCAAGACCGCCUUCUUCUUCAGCGGUAUCUCUGCACCUCUCGUAGUCGCCUCCUUCUUCCUCAUUCCCGAUACAUCGCGCCGAACUCCAGCCGAGCUCGAUGAGAUGUUCAGAAAGAAGGUCCGGCCCUGGCGGUUCAGGUCAUACGUCACGGACGCAAAGAAGGCGCUCGAGGCUGAAAAGGCUCGGACUGGUGAGACAGAGCCUGCGAGGAUCCAGGAUUCGGAGCGGUCGUAG